AGUGUGCACACCUUCACCCUUUCUCUUUUUCUGUAUAAGGCGGCCAAAAUAAUUUUCUUCUUCUUGCCUUUAUUUCAUUUCAUAGAAACUUCGACUUUCAUAUUCAUGUUUAUUAAAACCCAAUCUUUCAUGCCAUUUUUUCUUCAUUCAAAAGGAGCAAAGGAGAUCUUCAGUUCCUCUUCAACGACAUUCCAAGAUGUUCUUUCCUCAACUUGUUUUUGCUUCAAUGUUCAUUGCUUGUUGCCUUACAACUUUUUCAUUAGGAGCUACACUUGCAAGUGAUGAAGUGGAAGCUUUGAAAAGCAUAGGUAAGACAUUGGGGAAGACAAACUGGAACUUUGAUAUUGAUCCAUGCAGUCGACACCGGAGUUGGGAAGAAGAACCCAAAUCUAAUUAUGAUAAUAAUGUUACCUGUGAUUGCUCCUUCGACAAUAACAACACCUGCCAUGUCGUCCGCAUAUUGCUCAAGGGACAAAAUCUAUCAGGCACUCUCCCACCAGAAUUGGUCAGCCUCCCUUUCCUCCAAGAAAUAGACCUCACGCGCAACUAUCUUAAUGGCACCAUUCCACCUGAAUGGGGUUCUAUGCAACUCGUCAACAUAACCCUUCUUGGAAAUCGUUUAACAGGUUCAAUCCCAGAAGAGCUGGCGAACCUAAGCAAUCUUACUAGCUUAGUCCUUGAGCACAAUAACUUUUCAGGAAAUUUGCCACCAGCCCUUGGGAAUCUAUCCAAGAUUGAGAGACUGUUUCUUAAUUCCAACAAUUUUACUGGAGAAUUGCCUGAAACAUUUGCUAAGCUGACUACAUUGAAGGAGUUUCGAAUUAGUGACAACAACUUCGCAGGAAAUAUUCCCGAGUUCAUAUUCCGGAAUUGGACAAAACUCGAAACAAUAUAUAUGGAGGCAAGUGGUUUGAGUGGGCCAAUUCCAACCAUUGGUUCUUUAGAAAAUUUAAAAUACAUAAUAAUUAGUGACUUGAAUGGAGGUGAAGCACGUUUUCCACAACUUAGUGAUUUGCCUAAAUUGGAGAGACUGAUGUUGAGGAGUUGCAAUCUCGUUGGAGAGCUACCUGAUUCUCUUGGGGCAUUGACAACAGUGAAGAUCUUAGAUCUCAGCUUCAACAGACUCAGUGGGGAAAUUCCAAGUCUUUCCGAACUUAAUUUGGAUCAAAUGUUUUUAACCGAAAACAACUUUACGGGAGCAGUCCCUCAAUGGAUAAGGGACUCAAAAGAAAAAAUGGAUCUCUCAUAUAACAACUUCACAAGCACAGGUGUUUCAAGCUGCCAACAAAGUGACCUGAACUUGUUUGCAAGCACUUCAAGGAUCUAUAACUCUGGAAUUGUUUCAUGUUUGCGAAGCGUUAACUGUCCCACGGAACCUUUGCACUAUCUUUAUAUAAACAGUGGAGGGAGAAGUGCAACUGUUAAUGGUAAAACCUACGAAGAUGAUUAUGAUAGAGCUGGGCCUUCAACAUUUUUCCGAAGUACAAGUUAUUGGGCAUUUAGCAACACCGGUAUUUUUUUGGAUGACAAUCGGCCCGAUGACAUCUAUGUUUUGGAAAAUACACAGCUUUCUACGAGUGCUGGUGAACUGUACAGAAAUGCACGACUUUCACCUAGCUCUUUGACUUACUAUGCAUUCUGUCUGGACAAUGCAACAUACACAGUAAACCUCCAUUUUGCAGAGAUACAGUUCACUGAUGGUCAAAAUUAUAGCAGUUUAGGGAGGCGGAUAUUUGAUAUUUACAUUCAGGGAAAGCAGGAGCUGAAGGAUUUCAAUAUUAAGGAUGAAGCAGGUGGGGCUGGCAAACCAAUUGUGAAAAAUUUUACUGCAAAUGUGACUGAUGGUACUCUGGAGAUCCGUUUGCGUUGGGCUGGAAAAGGGACAAAAUCUAUUCCCGUGAGAGGAGUUUACGGUCCUCUUAUCUCAGCAAUAUCUGUUAUUGAUCCUGGUUAUAGACCUCCAUCAGAAAAUGGGGGUGGUAUCGCUGCAGGCGUGGUGGUUGGUAUUGUGGCUGGAGCAGUAUUUGCUACUGUCCUGAUUGUGGGCAUCCUUUGGUGGAAUGGCUGUUUAAGACGGAAGAGUACGUUGGAACAAGAUCUAAAAGGUAUAGAAUUGCAGACCAGUUCCUUUACCUUAAGGCAAAUACAAGCUGCUACAAACAAUUUCGAUGCUACUAAUAAGAUUGGAGAAGGUGGUUUUGGUCCCGUUUACAAGGGCAUUCUGGCAGAUGGUACAGUAAUUGCUGUUAAGCAGCUAUCAGCUAGAUCAAAGCAAGGAAAUCGUGAGUUUGUGACUGAGAUUGGCAUGAUUUCAGCUCUACAACAUCCUCAUCUAGUAAAGUUGUAUGGAUGUUGCAUUGAUGGAAAUCAAUUGAUGCUCAUAUACGAGUACUUGGAAAACAACAGCCUUGCUCGUGCAUUGUUUGGCCCAGAAGAAUUUCGGUUGAAACUGGACUGGCCAACAAGACGGAAGAUCUGCAUUGGUAUAGCGAGAGGUUUAGCUUAUCUCCAUGAAGAAUCAAGGUUGAAGAUUGUUCAUAGAGACAUUAAGGCAACCAAUGUGUUGCUUGAUAAGAAUCUAAACCCUAAAAUAUCUGACUUUGGCUUGGCCAAGCUGGAUGAAGAGGACAAUACCCACAUUAGCACCCGAAUUGCUGGAACUUAUGGCUAUAUGGCUCCUGAAUAUGCAAUGCACGGUCAUUUAACUGACAAAGCAGAUGUAUAUAGUUUUGGGAUUGUGGCCCUUGAAAUUGUUAGUGGCAAGUGCAACACUAAAACCAGGUCAAAGGAAGAGCCUUUCUAUCUCCUUGAUUGGGCUCACGUUGUGAAGGAGAAAGGGAACAUAUUGGAUUUAGUUGAUCCAAGAAUAGGCUCUGAUUGCAACGUAGACGAGGUGAUGGCAAUGAUCAAUGUAGCUUUCCUAUGCACAAAUCGUACUGCUGCAGCUAGGCCUUCCAUGUCUUCUGUGGUGAGCAUGCUUGAAGGCAGGGCUGCUGUUCAGGAGUUCUUUACUGAUUCAAGUAUUUCUGCAAAUGAGUUGAAUGUUGAGGCUAUGAAAAAGUUAUACCAGAAACUUGAAGAAAAUAAUGCAGAUUACAGCCAGACAAGGAGUAUGUUAGCGGAUGGGCCAUGGACUUCUUCUACAUCUGCUGCUGAUCUCUAUCCAGUCAAUUUGACUUCUGGUUAUUGGCAGAAUAGAGAUUCAACAAAUUAAGAAAAUUGUCUGAUUAACAGUAGGGAAACCUACGAGUCAGACAACGUACAUUUUUCUUGUUUACCUUAAUUCCCCCCACGGUUAGCACUAUUUCUUUCUUUCAAAAUUUGGAUUACUGUAUUUAUGCAGUUGCAAAGGAUAAUAAUCAGUGUGAUUUGAAAAUUUGUACAUUUCAAGAGAAAAUAAAUCAAAACAAUUUGUCCUUU